CCAAUUCCCCUCCUCCGCCUGCCCGCUCGUCGCCUCGCGCGCCUUUCGCUCGCGCCGCCGCCGCUGCGUCCCGCGUUCCCGUGGUUGGUUACUGUUUGAUUCGUCUCCUCCCUUCCUCUGUUUUUUCUCCCCCGCUGUUCCGCGAGGAACCGAACCGAAUUCUCUCCUCCAGAGUCGAUUGGUGGCCCAACCGUUGGGUUUCGCCACCAAUUGCGACAAUUCGGGGGGAAAACUUCCAUUGCUAGCCGUAAUUAGCGCGCGCGAAUCGCUUCCUCGGUUCCUCUUUUACCCAAUUGGGUAAUCCCGUUGGUUUGCCGCCUCCCGGUGAAUUCCCCGGUCCGCCAAUGCUGGAAAAGUAGGAGCCCUUUACCUCCCCCCCUGGGAAAACUCGUCAAAUCCGGCCUCCCGUUUAGGAUUACAUCAGAUUCACGCGGCCUAGGCGAACGGGUCAACUCGAAACUUCCUAGUUUUUACCCUACCCUCACUGGCCACCACCUGUCGUAACAUGGAAUUUUCAACCCCGCCUCUACCCCUCGCCGUACGGCUAUCGGUCUCGGUCUCUCUCCUUCCUGGCUUUUCGUUUCCUUUUCGUUUGGGUUAUGGUAGUAUAUGAGGCUGGGGAUACUCCUGGCGAAUUACUAGCUGUGCAAGUUAAGUUACGGGGCGCCGUCCUAUUUUUGCCGUGUGGGGUUCCCGACGUGUUUGUGCGCCACCUCCCACCGCCCUUUUCCACAAUUUCUUCUCCGUCAGCUCCACCAUGGUCGUAACGCAUGUGGAGGGUAGGAGUUAUCUCCCUGCACAGGUCAGGGAUGGCCUUGAGACCCUGAAGCGGAGGAGGCUCGAGAGGAUGCGUCUUAGUGCUCAGAACGAAGCGGGCGACAAUCCUGCGGUAGCUGCUAGAAGCGGCGGGGAUGCCUUGCGGAGCCCCGCAAACUGCGGGGUAAGAUUGCAUUCAAACAAUGGAACAGGUUUACCUGGAAAUGUCCAGGACAAGGAUCCUUUCGCAAAGCGCAAGGUGGAGAAGUUUGAUAUGUCGAACCUUGAAUGGAUUGACAAGAUACCAGAGUGCCCCGUGUAUUGUCCCACCAGGGAGGAAUUUGAGGAUCCCAUUGCUUAUAUACAGAAGAUUUCGCCUGAGGCUGCAAAAUAUGGUAUUUGCAAAAUCGUGGCCCCAGUAAGUGCUUCUGUUCCUGCUGGCGUCGUGCUGAUGAAGGAACAGCCCAAUUUUAAGUUCAUGACUAGAGUUCAGCCCCUUCGUCUAGCUGAAUGGGCUGAAGAUGAUACAGUCACUUUCUUCAUGAGUGGAAGAAAGUACACAUUCAGAGACUAUGAGAAAAUGGCCAACAAAGUGUUCUCCAAGAAAUAUUCCAGCGCUAGUUGUCUCCCAGCUAGGUAUGUGGAGGAGGAAUUCUGGCGUGAAAUUGCUUUUGGGAAAAUGGAUUUCGUAGAAUAUGCGUGUGACGUUGAUGGGAGUGCCUUCUCUUCUUCUCCUCAUGAUCAACUUGGGAAAAGCAAUUGGAACCUCAAGAAUUUUUCACGGCUUCCCAAUUCUGUUCUGAGACUCCUUCAGAUGCCAAUUCCAGGAGUAACAGAUCCAAUGCUUUAUAUUGGGAUGCUCUUCAGUAUGUUUGCAUGGCAUGUCGAAGACCACUAUUUGUACAGCAUAAAUUACCAUCACUGUGGGGCAUUUAAGACAUGGUAUGGAAUACCUGGAGAUGCAGCUCCUGGGUUUGAAAGGGUUGCUAGCCAGUAUGUAUAUAACAAGGACAUUUUGAUUGGUGAUGGGGAGGACGCAGCAUUUGAUGUUCUACUGGGAAAGACAACAAUGUUCCCUCCAAAUGUCUUACUAGAUCACAAUGUUCCUGUAUAUAAAGCUGUACAGAGACCUGGGGAGUUUGUUAUUACUUUCCCUCGUUCUUACCACGCGGGCUUCAGCCACGGUUUCAAUUGUGGAGAGGCUGUUAACUUUGCUAUUGGUGAUUGGUUUCCUCUGGGUUCUCUGGCUAGCAAGCGCUACGCACUUUUGAACAGAACUCCAUUGCUUGCACAUCAGGAGCUACUUUGUCGUUCUGCUGUGCUUCUGUCUCAAAAGCUGUUGACAUGUGAUCCAAGAUCCUUGGAUAAGUCAGAACAUCCAUACUCCCAAUAUUGUGUGAAAUCCUGCUUUGUGCGGUUGAUGCGAUUCGAACGACGUGCACGUGGCCUACUUACUAAAAUGGGUUCUCAAAUAUGCUAUAAGACAAAAACUUUUCCAAAUCUGUCCUGCAGCAUGUGCCGUCGUGAUUGCUAUAUCACACACGUGUUGUGCGGAUGUAACUUUGAUCCUGUCUGCUUACACCACGAGCAAGAACUCCGAAGCUGCCCUUGUAAAUCCAACCGUGUUGUCUAUGUUAGAGAGGACAUCCUGGAGCUAGAGGCUCUAUCAAGAAAAUUUGAAGAGGAUAUCUGCUUGUACAAGGAAAGAAUUUGCAUUGGCUCAUCUAAGGAGGCUGAGAUCUCUGAUAUAAAUGUUGAGCGUGUCCCAAAUUUUGCGACUACACUGGAUUUUAGCAACAGUAAAAUUGGCAUUUCAGGCAUUGUGACAGCUGAUGAUGGAAAGAGUUAUCCUUCAGUACCAAAUUUGUCAUCUUCUGCGUAUCAUGAGGUGCCCAGGCAUUUGGAAUCAAGGGUACAUGCCACACAAACUAACCGGAUUUACUCCACUUCCAAUCAGGCAAUAAACCCAUCAUCAGUGACCAAAGGAACUUACGCUAUGGAUGAGAUUUCAUGCGGUGUGGAUGAUGCUUGUAAUCUGGGUUCAUGUAAUGCUUCCGCCAUGGAGUGCAGUGAUAAUUCUGACUCUGAAUCUGGAAUUUUCCGAGUCAAGCGCAGGUCCACAUCAUUUGAAAAACCUACUGACACAAAGAUCUCAAACUUAUCUGAACAGCAGGUUCUGAGGCGGCUGAAGAAGGUGAAUCCUGAAGUACAACGGGCCAGUAAGCGUCCAGAAGAAUCUGAUACUUGUCCAGUUCGUUCUGUCCGUAUGAGCCAGAAGAGCUCAAAUCCUGCUUCUGAUGAUGAUGAAAGAGAGGACACAGUUCCCAUUUCUUGGAGAAUAAAGCGGCGUCAGUUGGAAACUCAGGACAACAAUACAGCUCAUGGUGCAAAACCGCAGUCAUGCCCGCCUUCCGGCAGUUCUCUAGAAGAGUUUGCGGAAAGAACUAGAGAUGCCACAGCAGAGUACCGUCCGAAACGAGUGAAAAUCCGGCUACCCUCUAGUGCCAGUAGACAGCUUGAGCAGCAGCGCAGUUCCGGGCAGAGAUUUGCAAGGGAUGACAAGUUGUCGCUAGGUUGUCCACGUACAUUUUAGGGCAAUCACAGGUGCUAACCUCUACUGAGCAGACGAAUUAUUUGUUUAGGUGCAUUGUUAACUACACACGAGGUGACAGAAGAGAGGACUGGAUGGAUGGAUCAGGUGGUGGAUGGUGGCGAGGCUGAUUUGAUUAGCACAGGUGCAGACUGACUUUAGGAUUGGCAGCAAAGGAAGCGGCUGGCUAAUCGAUUCUUUUGUGCAGCAGGGCCUCCAAUUUGAGGCCUCUGGGGGCACGCUUAGAAGACACGUGAUAACAUUCUUGUUGCUGGAGGUUCUCGGUCACUGCCGCUGGCUCUUUGAUGCUUGCCUGACGGUGACAGAAAUUCGAGAGAACCUCGCUGCUUUGAUUUCUCUUCUCUGCAAGUGUUUAGAGCAUUUUAGGUAGCGUAGCUGUAUAUCUCUCUCUUCCAUUGUACCUACGACCUUUCCUUUUGUAAUUUCUUGUAAACAAAGUUUAGCUGCUACACUACGGCUAACUGUAUUCUUUUGUUGCUUCAACCAGCUGCUCCUUAACAUUCAAAUCAAUAGCGAUUCAUUUCUUUUU